CGCAGCAGCUCCAUUUCAUUACGCAACUUGCUUGGUGAAGCUCAAGACUCGGAUUCCUCGCAAGAUUCGCCUGUAGAACAUGAAGGCUGCAUGCUCACUCACAGCAAUUGCUGCCCUCAUCAGCUUCGAUGCCGUCGCUUCAGUUUCCUCGCUUCCGUCCAUCAAGCUCGGCUUCAACAUCAAGCGAUCCACCAUGGAAGUCUACGGUUCUUCCAGUUUCGACGUCUACGUCAAGCCCGUUCUGAGCGGUGCCAACGUGUCGUUCGAUGGCAAGGUCACCUUCGAGCAGGACGGCACCACGCACAACUUGUACGUCGUGAACAGCACCCCGUACCACGAGGUCACUAACAGCACCUCAGACUCCACAACAUGUCUGCCCACGGAGCUGUUCCCGAGCGUACCUGAGAUCGUGGAUGCCAUAGCGUCAGCAACUCCUGUCUCCACCGUCAACACUGACCAGGAUAUCUCGUGCAACAACGGCACCUGGCUCAGCACCACCUUUGCUGGCGAGUCCUACGUGCUGUGUACGGGUGCUGAUGAUGUCAACUUCACGGUGUAUGGAGAAGAUCUCAGUAUUUCGUUCGAGUAUCUAUCCGAGGACGUGACGAUCACCAAGCCGACGAACGCUCCAAGCGACUGUAGCGCCGUGUCGGAUGGCUCAGCGGCGCUGUCGUCUCUCGGUCAGCUGUAUGGCAUCACCACGUCACGAUCUCGGGCACUAAAAGAAGAAGCCGCUGCAGUGCAUCUCGCCAGCUCUACGUGCACUUGCCAGAGCACACCUCGUCCAUGCCUAUUCUUCCACGGCAUGGAUGUCGAGGCAGACGGCGGUAUCGUUGAUAGCUACUCAUUCUUCGGAGAUAUCAAGGAACAUGCACCGUGCUGCUCAUCGUUCAGCUUCGCAAUUCUAAACACGGUCGACUACGAAUGGUACAAUGAUACAUUACAGCAGAAAGCGUGCAACGCCGCGAUGGAAGUGAGUACAGGCUCCACCAGUAGCGGUUCGACUGAGAUUAAGGAUCUAAUUAUUGUGGCUCACUCGAUGGGUAACAACAUGCUCGCGGGUGCGUUGGCGACUGGGAAGUGCUCGAUCGGUAGCAACGUUGACUGGGUGGAUCUAAGCGGUCCUAUGAAGGGAAGUAUGGGCUCGGAUUUUAUCCAUCAGAUCUGCGAUGGCGGUAACUUGUUCCAGGACAUUUUGGCUAAGCUCGGCGGGCUUAUCGGUCAAUGUCCUGGUACCACAACUCGCCGGUCACUUGUGUACGAUGGUGGUGACUACUGUGAUGACGAAUGCUCUGCUCGCUAUGCAGCGGCCCAGGCUGUCCACAAGAAAUACGUGACUGCUAGUAUGUGUGGCACGACGUACUCUGGCUUGCUUUCGAGCGAGUAUGCGGGACUGUUGGCUGGAGGUUUGCUGAUCCCGCACCACUCGUCCAAGAAUGAUGGCAUCGUUGAGUUCCAGAGCUGUACUGGAAACUUGGAUGACUCAUCGUUUGAAACCACAUACUCGACCACCUGGUAUGCUGCUGCAUUGAAUCAUGCCGACACGACAUUCCACAACGGAGAAGGGUUGUUCAGCAGCGCGAAGAAGCCCUUAAAGUGGUUCGAAUGCUUGCUGUAAGAUACCAGCAAUAAGGCAUCAGUUCAGUGCAUUGAUGCUGUAAAUCAAAUGGUUUCGAUAACUACCGAUAGCCGUGACGAAAUCAAGUCUAUUGUGCCUGCGAACUACUACGUAGUAUCUUCGUUUGAGAAAGUAUCGGUGGUCAU